AUGCAAGGAUCCAGAAACUCUAUUGGCUAUUCAGAACUUGACAGAAUUCCAACUCCUGUCAGGUUUGUUCAUACUGUACCAGGGGCUGGCCGGCUCCUCCCUUCCUCUAGUCGUUGGAACUCCAUUGAACUCGACUUCAAUGUCCUCCCUCAAUCUUCCAAUGCUUGGGAUUCAAUCCCUCCUAGAUACUCAAGAUCAAUCAGUUUCAAUCUUACAAUCGGGGAUAAGAAGCAUUUCUACCGUUUUCUGGUUUUUGCAGCCUCCAUAACUAUUACCUUCUUGAUACUGAUUCUGCUACUAAGUAUUCUGCCACGGAGAAAGCACCAUCAUGAGCCCUCCAAGGACCUUACACUUGCCUUGAAUCAAGCUCUCCUUUUCUUUGAUGCACAAAAAUCGGGGCAUUACCCUAAUGACAGUGCUAUAACUUUCCGUGGAGAUUCUGGCUUAGGUGAUGGGAACAUGGCAACUACACAAGCUGAUCUAGUUGGAGGUUUCUAUGAUUCAGGCAACAAUAUGAAAUUCAGCUUUCCUACUGCUUAUACAGUUACUCUAUUGAGUUGGUCUGUACUUGAGUAUCAUGAUAAGUAUGCUGAUAUUAAGGAACUUGAUCAUGUCAAGGAUAUCAUCAAAUGGGGAAGUGACUACUUGCUUAAGCUAUUUAUUCCUAAAAAUACAACUAAUUCAGCUAUCUUGUAUUCUCAGGUUGGCAGCCCUGGGAAUGACCCCAGUGGAGAAAAUUCUCGGGAAAAUGAUAUUAGCUGUUGGCAAAGGCCAGAAGAUAUGAGCUAUCCAAGACCUGUUUCAGUUUGUGAUGCAACUGCCUUAGACCUUGCAGGGGAAACAGUUGCAGGCAUGUCAGCUGCAGCAUUAGUAUUCAAAGAUCAGAAAGACUAUUCUGGUAAAUUAGUACAAGCAGCAGAGGAACUAUUUAAUUUAGCUAGAAAUGUAGACCCUUCGCUAAAACCAGGGACAUACACAUCAAUGGAUGAUUGUGGAGGACAAGCAAAGAAUUUUUAUAAUUCAACAAGUUACAGAGACGAAAUGGUUUGGGGAGCAACUUGGUUGUUCUUUGCUACUGGUAAUAGCAGUUACCUUGACUAUGCAAAUGAUAAUUUUGCUACAGCUGAGGAGGAAGAAUUAUUAUCUGAUAAGGAAGUUUUCUCUUGGAAUAACAAGCUUGCUGCUAACGCGAUUUUGUUAACACGACUUAGAUUUUUCCGGGAUCUCGGUUAUCCAUAUGAAACCACAUUUGCAUCAACAACAAACAGGACUGACUUGCUCAUGUGCUCUUACACUUCCACUUUGAAGUUUCCCAAGACAGAAGGUGGAUUGAUCCUCUUAAAACCAGAUACUAGUGGACCACUUCAGCAUGCUGCAACAGCAUCUUUCCUUACAAAAUUGUACGGUGACUAUCUUAGUCUGUUGCAUAGAACUCGUACCAGUUGUGGUGCUGCUGUCUUUUCUCUGGAAACAUUAAGCGAUUUUUCCUGGUCACAAGUUAAUUACAUAUUGGGAGAUAAUCCCAUGAAAAUAAGCUACAUGGUAGGAUAUGGUGAUCAGUAUCCAACUCAAGUUCAUCAUCGGGGUGCAUCCAUCCCUUGGGAUAACAAUCGGCACACUUGUAGAGAUGGAGAAUACUGGCUUAACAGAAAAGAAGCAAAUCCAAAUAUUCUCCAUGGGGCCAUGGUUGCAGGGCCGGACAUAAAUGAUAUUUUUGAAGAUAAGAGAAGUAAAAACUGGUUCACAGAGCCAAGCAUAUCUGGUAAUGCUGGAUUGGUUGCAGCUCUUAUCGCACUGCAUGCUCCUCCCAGUGGCUCUUCUCACCCAAAUGGAGUCAAUUCAGGCAUAGACAAAACAGGUUUGUUUGAUAAUAUCAAAGUUGUUCCAUCUGCAUCCUAG